AUAAAUAACAAGGGAGCAACCACGAGUGAAUAUACGGAUAUGUUAAAUCAAAUACUAUAAAUGAUAAUACGAGAAUGUCAAUGAUAAUCAGCAGUGACAUACGGAGCCCUCAGUUGUACUGUUUUUGCCUAUAUCCCAGGUGUAAUUUACAUAAUAUUAAAUCCCGCCAAAAUGUGAAAUGGUUGUAAACAAAAAUAACCAUUGGCUUUCGUAUAAGCACUAUAAAUAAACAGCAAUGGUUGCUUUGUACUUAAAACUUUUAUGAGACUUACUACCAAGAUGUAUAGGUACUUAUUGUAGUUAAUUAGUUUAUGUCUAUACUAUUUAUUUUGUAAAUUGUUUUCAUUCGUUUUGUAUAAACUUAUGAAAAUGUGUUCUAAAAAGUCAUGUUCAACAAAAUAUUGUUACAAUACAGGGAAAAUAAAUCCAAACUUGGCUUUUCAUAGAUUUCCAGCCAAUGAAGAAUUGUAAGUUUCUGUACAGAAAAAUAUGCUUCUAAAUAAAAAUAAAUAACAAUUGUAGAUUAAAUAGUUUGAUAUUAUUUUUGGUAAUAUAAUUUUGAAUAUAUUUAUACAACCAGAAAUUGCAUUUAAUGAUUGAAAUACAAACUAAUAUAGGUGUAAAAAAUGGGUCGAGUGGUGUGGAAGUUCAGAAAUUAUGGAUGUUUUUAAAACUCAAGGUGCUAGAUUUUUAAACAAAAACCGAGUUAUAUGUUCUGAUCAUUUCAAAUCAUCUGAUUAUAUUAUAUGGAAAGGUGUAGGAAAUAAAACUGUUGGAUAGACUUAAAAAGUAAUGUUAAGACAAGAAGUGUUGAAUACAAAAAAAGUUGUAGAAGAACUGGUGGGGGGGACAAUGAAAAUGAAAGGACUGAUGAAUGGGAAGAUCAAAUUUUAAAUAUUAUUGGAGAGGUACCUAUUAGUGGACAUCCAAACACUGCUGAACCUACUGUAAGCUUUGAAGGUUAUCAGAUGGUUAUAGAAGAUGAACAGGUUGUUGAGCCUAAUUGUGUUUUAUUACCUGUGACUGAUAAUAUUUUACCUGAAAUUGAAGAUGAUUUAAAUUUAAAUAGUGUAGAUAUAAGUGAUCUCAACCUACCUGUACAAGAAAACCCAACCCACUUAAAUGUUGAUGACUGUUUCACAACUGCUAUUAAUAAUAUACAAUUUGCUGGUAAGGUUAAUGGUCAACCAAAUUUAACAACAGAUAAUUCAAAAAGUAAAAUUGGUGUCUUAAAAGAAUCUGUAAAUGCUUCUAUGCAUAUGGUAGAAACAAAUGAUGCAAGAAAUGAAAUUUUAAAAAAUUAUUAUAUUGCUAAACUUCAUCUUUUAAAAAGGAGAACAGAAGCAAAAGAAAGAAUCGCAGCUGCACUAGAAAAAAAGUACUUAAUAUAA